GCCACUUACUGUGAGAUUCCUAAUAUCCACCCAUAACAUUGUACAGUACUGUGGGUCAUUUGUCUCAGCUGUCAGGUGAUACUUCAGAGUGUUCCUGGACUCCCGUAGAUCCAGCACUCUCCUGGUGAGGACCAUGAGGGUCAUGGCUAGGUUUUGCUUUUGUGAACAGCGAAGCUAGGGUGUGCUACCCUUAUUUCCAGGGGUACAUACAUGCAUGAGUUUCUCUUGAACAGAGAACUGUAGGAGUGGCUGUGCCAGGAAAAUGGCGUGUGGAAAAAACAAGUUGCCAUCGAGUCAACUCUGACUCAUGGAGCCCCCAUGUGUGUCAGAGAAGAUCUGUGCUCCGUAGGGUGUUCAAUGGCUGCUUUUUUGGAAGUAGGUCGCCAAGCCUUUCUUCUGAGGUGCCUCUGGGUGGACUCAAACCUCCAAACUUCUGUUAGCAGCCAAGCGCAUGAACCAUCUGUACCAUCCAGGGACUCCUGUUCCUUUCACAGCUGAGUAAACUGAGGCUCAAAGACAGGGGACACUUGCCUCGGUUCACACAGCAAGUGAAUAGCAAAGUUUUCCAACGUGGGCAAAAACAAGACCUGAGGCUUAGCGAGGGGAGGAGAUGAACCCAAGUUCACUAUGUUGUGGUCGAAAGACUGGCACGUGUUUCCUGAGCGUCAGCUCUGCAGCAGGUGCUGGGGCUGGAGAUAGGAAAUGGAUCAGCCCCUGGUCCUGCCCUUGAGGAUCUCCCCUUUGACAGAAGGGGGAGGGGCACAAAGAGAGAGAGACCCAGAAGCAAAGCAGCAGGAACUGUUCAGUGUGUGAUUACAUGGUGCUUAUGGGAUAAGCAAGGAUCCCUGGUGGUGCAACAGUUAAGUGCUCGGCUGCUAACCAAAAGAUUGACAAUUCAAACCCACCCAGUGGCUCCAGAGGAGAAAAACCUGGUGAUCUGUUUCCUGAAAGAUCACAACCAAGAAAACACUCUGGGGCGGUUCUACUCGGUCACAUGGAGUUGCUAUGAGUUGGAACUGACAGCACCCAAUAACGACAAUGGGAUGAGCACAAUGUAGUGAACUCAAUCAAGCCCAAAUGGGAGAGGGCAUCAGGGAAGUCUUCCUGGAGGAGGUGACAUCUGAGCUGGUGGUCUUCGAGCAGGAGAAUUUCCAGGGCCGACGGGCAGAAUUCUCAGGAGAAUGCUUGAACCUGGGAGACCAUGGCUUUGACCGAGUGCGCAGCCUCAUCGUCAUCUCGGGACCUUGGGUCGCCUUUGAGCAGUCCAACUUCCGAGGGGAGAUGUUUGUCCUGGAGAAGGGCGAGUACCCACGCUGGGACACAUGGUCGAGCAGCUACCGCAGUGACCGGCUAGUGUCCUUCCGACCCGUCAAGAUGGACUCCCAGGAGCACAAGAUCUGCCUGUUUGAAUGUGCCAACUUCAAAGGUAACACCAUGGAGAUCCAGGGGGACGACGUGCCUAGCCUCUGGGUCUAUGGCUUCUGUGACCGCGUGGGCAGCGUGCGGGUCUGCAGCGGGACCUGGGUCGGCUAUCAGUAUCCCGGCUACCGUGGAUACCAGUACCUCCUGGAGCCUGGAGACUUCCGGCACUGGAACGAGUGGGGGGCCUUCCAGCCGCAGAUGCAGGCCGUGCGUCGCCUGCGUGACAAGCAGUGGCACCGGGAGGGCUCCUUCCCUGCCGUGGCCGCUGAGCAACCCAAGUGAGCCUCUACUCCACUCCGGUCUCAUGCCCCAUCCCUUCCUCAGGCUCCAUUUUCCCUUCUUUCCUGUGCAAAUAAAAGUU